AUGACGUCGUUCGUGUUGUUGUGUCGACAGCGGGUGGUGCGCGGCGCGGCGGGCAGCGUGCUGGUGCUGGUGGCGUGGCUGUGGCUGGCGCUGGGGGCGCGCGCCCUGCUGGCCGGGCUGCGCGCGCCGCACUUCGACUGGUCCAUGGACGCCGUGCCGCGCGUGCUGUCGCUGAUGGACGCGCGCCUGCCGGCCGCCGCCGCGCUCUACGCCUCGCUGCUGCGCGCGCUCUCCGCCUCCUGGAGGAAGGCCGCCCCGGCGCCGCCCGCGCACAGGCGCCAGCGCGCGCCCCCGCCGCCCCCGCGACUCCAGGCGGCGGCGUCUGCGGCGGCGGCGUCCGCCUGCGCGGUGCCCACCCCGUGCCCCGUGUGCAGGCACUGCACCACCGACCAGCACUCGGCUCACUGCCGCAGCACCAACAACAACAACGCCAUCGCGGCGGGUGCCGAGUGCUACUGCGCGCCGCGGCCGCGGCCGGGCCCCAGGCGGGCGCACGCGUCGGCCCCCGAGGUGCUGCUCAUCUCGCUGGCGUUCCUCGUGGUGCCGUUCCUGCCGGCGACCAACCUGCUGUUCUACGUGGGCUUCGUGCUGGCGGAGCGCGUGCUCUACAUGCCGAGCGUGGGCUGGUGCCUGCUGGUGGCCCUGGGCUGGCACCUGCUGGCCGAGCGCGCCGGCCGCCGCCUCGCCAUCGCCUGCGCGGCGCUGCUGCUGGUGGCGCUGAGCGCGCGCACGCUGCGCAGGAACCACGACUGGCGGGACGAGGAGAGCCUCUACCGCUCCGGCGUCGCCGUCAACCCGCCAAAAGCCUACGGGAACCUGGGCGCCGUGCUCAGCUCGCAGGGCCGGGUGGACGAGGCGGAGAAGGCCUUCCGGCUGGCCCUGCAGCACAGGCCCAACAUGGCCGACGUCCACUACAACCUGGGCGUGCUGCUGCAGGGCCGUGAGCGCUACGAGGAGGCGAUGCAGAGUCUGCGGCUCGCCAUCCAGUACCGACCCACGCUGGCAGUGGCUCACCUGCAUCUGGCGCAGUUGCUGGAGCGGCAGGGCCGCUGCGCGGAAGCGGAGGAGCAGUACCGCCGCUGCUGGGAGGCGGACGGUUCGCGGGUUCGAGACCCGCGGGCGCACGAGGCGGCGCGCAUCCAGGCCAUGCUGCAGCUGGGCCGCCUCCGCGCCGACCAGGGCCGCCUCACGGAGGCCGUCGCCGCCUUCCAGGCCGCCGUCAGACACCGGCCGCCGCACUUCGCCCCGCAGGCGCUGUACAACCUGCUGGGGGAGACGCUGGUGCGCAUGCGCCACUACGAGCAGGCGGAGCAGUGGUUCCGGGCUGCGCUGCAGGCAGAACCGCAGCACGUGCCCGCACACGUCACCUACGGCAGUCUGCUCGCAAUGAACAGGAGCCGCGCGGCCGAGGCGGAGCGUUGGUUCAGGAGGGCGCUGCAGCUGGCGCCGGAAGACCCCAGCGUCCACCAGCACUUCGGCCAGUUCCUGUCGGGCCAGCAGCGGCACGCGGAGGCGGCGCUGCGCUUCGAGGCGGCGGCCGACCUGCUGCCCGCGCGACUCGACCUCGCGCUGGCCGCCGCCUCCUCGCUGCGGGUGGCCGGACUCACCGGCCGCGCUGAGCGCUUCUACCGCCGCGCCGUCCAGCUGCGGCCGCAGAGCGCGCGGCACCACCUCAACCUGGGCGCCAUCCUGCACCUGAACGGCCGCUACGACGAGGCAGCCGCGUGCUACCGCGAGGCGCUGCGCCUGCAGCCGGAUGACGCAACCGCGCUCACCAACCUGCAGAAGCUGCGCAGUCUCAUGGCGGCCCGCCGGCCCAGCAAGCUGUGACACCUGCAGCCGCGUGACGUCACGCCGCCCAGAGCACAGCCACUGGCGGCCACCUGACGACCACCUGCGCCAGCUGGCUGCGGGUGAGCCGCGCCACUUGCAAAGGAGUUCGCGAGACAUAGCACGUGUCUCGCCGUUUCGCGUCGCCAAGACCACCAACAGUAGGCGCUGCGGGAUUCCCCAGCUGGGAUUCUUCGGGUUAACCUCACGGUCAACCAGUCUGGUCGUGAUUAUCCUGUCGUUGCCCGGAC